AUGCUCGUACUUUUCACCUCUCUCAGCAUGACAAACUCAAUGACCAUGAAGCGCCAGGUGUUCAACGUCACUCUCCUUGCAGCGCUCGACAAUGUUGCUGCUGAACAACUAGCAUCGUCGACAUUGGAAAUUUGGUGCUUUGCGUAUCUGUUAACCUACGCUGUCCGCCGGCACGUAACUUCAGACUUGUCAGAGAUCGGCGAAGUAAUCAGGUUCUCCAGCCUAGCACCUCCACAGAUGGAGAACCUCGCCUGGACAUUCGUGAAGCAUAAUGUUCAGACCUCAAAGCCGUUACCGUCAGCCCAGUAA